AGAACAAGUGCAACGACUCCUUCUUCCUCUGCAAGAACGGGAAGUGCAUCCCAGAGGCUCUGCUGUGCGACAACAACAACGACUGCGCGGACGGCUCCGAUGAGCUCAACUGCUUCAUCAAUGAGUGUCUCAACAAGAAGCUGAGCGGCUGUUCCCAGGAGUGGGGGGACGUCAAGAUCGGAUGCCGUCCUGGGUUUCGGCUGAAGGACGACGGGAAGACGUGCAUUGACAUCGACGAGUGCUCCACCACCUACCCCUGCAGCCAGAAGUGCAUCAACACUCUGGGGAGCUACAAGUGCCUGUGCAUAGAGGGCUACAAGCUCAAACCUGACAAUCCCACCAGCUGUAAAGCUGUUACAGAUGAAGAGCCCUUCCUCAUCUUUGCCAACCGGUACUACCUGAGGAAGCUCAACCUGGAUGGCUCCAACUACACGCUGCUCAAGCAGGGGCUGAACAAUGCAGUGGCUCUGGAUUUCGACUACCGGGAGCAGAUGAUCUACUGGACAGACGUCACCACGCAGGGCAGCAUGAUCCGCCGCAUGCACAUCAAUGGCAGCAACGUUCAGGUCCUUCACCGCACUGGCCUCAGCAACCCUGAUGGGCUGGCUGUGGACUGGGUGGGAGGCAACCUGUACUGGUGCGACAAGGGUCGGGACACCAUCGAGGUGUCGAAGCUCAACGGUGCCUAUCGCACUGUACUGGUGAACUCGGGUCUGCGUGAGCCCCGGGCGCUGGUGGUGGAUGUCCAGAACGGUUACCUCUACUGGACAGACUGGGGGGACCACUCCCUGAUCGGGAAGAUCGGCAUGGAUGGCACCAACCGCAGCGUCAUCGUUGACACCAAGAUAACUUGGCCCAACGGCCUUCCCCUCGACUACAUCAACAGCCGCAUCUAUUGGGCUGAUGCACGGGAGGAUUACAUCGAGUUUGCCAGCCUGGAUGGCUCCAACCGGCACACGGUGCUGAGCCAGGACAUUCCGCACAUCUUUGCACUCACCCUCUUUGAGGAUUUCAUCUACUGGACCGACUGGGAGACCAAGUCCAUCAACCGGGCCCACAAAACCACGGGAGCC